UUUUUUGAGUGUAUGCUAUAUAUAUGUGCAUUUGCUGUUAAUUAUGGUUUUGGGCCCAGAAUUUCCAUACCAGGUACAAAUUCUUUUUUAAAUAAUCGUUGAAAUGGCAACUCGUCAACUGACAUCUAAGGAUGUGGCCCAUAUACCAAAGUUUAACGGAACUAACUUCACAAAUCGGAAGUUCCAAUUGUUCAUGGUAUUAGAGCACUUUAAAGUUUUAAAAAUUGUUUUGGGAGAAGAAAAGAAGCCAGUACCCACAGUCUCAAGUGCUGGUGGCAACAACAGCAGCAACGAUGCAGACAUUGAAACCUGGGUUGAAAAAGGUCAAAGUGCAAGAAUUGCCAUCUGUGGCACAUUGGAAGUCAAAUGGCAGAGCUCCCUCGUCAAUUGUAAAUCAUCUAAUGAUAUUUGGAAGAGACUGGCUAGCCAGUAUGAACAAGCUGCUGAAGAAAAUCAGUACCAGCUGCUUCAACGUUUCUUUGACUACAAAUUUCAGAAGCAGCACUCGGUCAUGGAUCACAUCACUGCUAUAGAAACCAUAGCAGCUCAACUAAGUGACAUUGGUUCAAAAAGAACAGAAGCUGAGAUCAUCACUAAAAUUAUCUGCACUCUCCCUCCAAGUUUUCGUUCUGUCAGGUCUGCCUGGGAAAAUGUGGAUGAUUCUAAGAAAACCUUGCAGCUGUUGACCACAAGAUUAUUGAAAGAAGAAAGUUACAAUCAAGAGCUCGAGGGUGUCCAUUCAGAUGCGGCCUUCUUUGCUAAAGAGCCAGGUUUCAAGAUGAAGAAGAAUGUAUCCUGUGGAUACUGUGGCAGAAAGAGACACGUGGAAGAAAAUUGUUGGAAGAAAGCUGAGGAUGAACGUGGAUCACAAGCUAAAUUUGCCCACUCCUAUGGAAAACCUGAACCUUCGAAUCAUUCAUCUCAGCACAAACCAUCAUGGUCUGGUGAUUAUGCCUUUCAAUGUUCAAUAUCUAAUCACUCCAGUCCAAAGGAUGACAAUUGGCUGGUGGACUCCGGAGCUUCGCAGCAUAUGUCCGAUCAGAGAUGGGCAUUUGUCAACUAUCAACGCGUGAAACCUGGAUGCUGGCCUGUAAAUGGCAUCGGGGAGAACCGGAAGCCUAUGCAGGUGCAUGGCUAUGGAACCAUUCCAAUUUCAUCCCUAGUUGAAGGAUGCUGGCAUGAUGGAGUUCUCUCCAAGAAGUUCUUCACGUUCCUAACUGGGUGCGAACCUCUUCAGCGUCCGUUCAGCAGCCUGCAAUGGCUUUGGAGUCAACUUCGUUGGAGAAAAGGUUGA